UUUUUUUUUGACUCAUGGACGUGGAUACCAGCGACCUGCAGAGGUGCGAAGAUCUCUGGUUCGAAGAUGGGACAAUCAUACUUCAAGCAGAGAACAUUCUGUUCCGCGUGUACACUGGGAUUCUGACCAGACAUUCCCCGUUUUUCAAAAACCUCUUCACGCUACCGCAGCCCGAAGAUGCUGAACAACAUGACGGGUGUCCGUUAGUGAAGCUCGCAGGAGAUAACGCACAGGACGCGCACGAUUUCUUGUUAGCAUUACACGACAUCGAGUACGUUCCACUGCCUCUGCACACAGUGGCGAGGUGCUAACG